AUGCACGGGGCCCCACAGGGGGCCCCCCUAGACGGGGGCCGAAGGGGGCCCCCUGAGAAUAUCUCUGAAGGGCCCAGUGGGGGGCCCCCGGAAAGUACCCUUGAGGGGGCCCCCGUGGGGCCUCCUGGGGGGCCCCCCGAGCAGAGCCGUGAGGGGCCUCGUGGGGGGCCCCCUGAGGGGCCCCCCGAACACCCCCGGGGGCCCCCUGUGAAGCACCUUGCUGGGGGCCCCCUUUACUUGUGCGAUAGAGAGCAGCACGAGGGGCCUCCUAGGAAAGCGGAAUCGGGGGGGCCCAUGGGGGGCCCCCCUCCUCCUCCUUUGGCUCUGCCUUGGCGUAUCUUUGAUUACAACUUCGAUGGGGAUUUCUGUGUGGGGGGCCUCCCCGUGCUGCUGCCGGUGGGGGGCCCCUCGAGGCCCCCUGAGGAGCAGUGCAACGGUGACACGGGUUCCUCCGUCUGGGAUGCGGCCGUCGUCUUGGCGCAGUUCAUACAAAACCAAAUCCCCCUCUUGCUCAACACCUUCAGCGUCAAACCCUCAAGGGGCCCCCCUGGGGGCCCCUUGGGGGGCCCCCCUGGGGGCCCCUCAGUGGUGGGCCCAUCGGGGGGCCCCUCUGGGGGCCCCUCUGGGGCCCCCUCAGUGGUGGGCCCGUCUGGGGGCCCCUCGGGGGGCCCCACAGCGGGCUCCGCAGAGGGUUUCUCGGGGGGCCCCGCAGGGGGGCCCCAAGAGACUUCUUUCCCCCUUGUUAUUGAGCUGGGUGCGGGGAAGGGCCUCGUUGGUUUGAGCGUGGCUGCUGCGCUGACUGCUUUGGCUGGCAGGGGGGCCGAGGGGCCCCCCGCAGCGCCGGAGGGUACAGCUGGGGGCCCCCGGGGCCCCAUGGGCCCCCCAAGACACCGCAGCUGUGAUGUGCUGCUCACUGACUUGGAUUACUGCAUGCAGGGCCUCCGCGCUGCUGUUAAGCUCAACAGACACUUCGCCGAGCUCGUUGAGCUCUCAGCGGCAAAUCAAGAAAAAAAUCCAGCAACAAAGGGGCCCCCAGGGGGCCCCCCAGGGGGCCCCCCAGGGGGCACCCCAGGGGGGCCCCUAGAGGGGCCCCUUGGGGGUCACGUAGAGCGGGCUCUAGGUCCUGGGGGCCCCCCAGGGGGCCCCCCAGGGCGGCCCCUAGAGGGGCCCCUUGGGGGUCGCGUAGAGCGGGCUCUAGGUACGGCUGAGGGGCCUCGGGUACGGGUUGCAGUGGAGGCCCUUGAUUGGUUCUGCCCUGAGCAGUGUGUUGCAUGGGGCCCCCUUGGGGGGCCCCCCCGGGGUGAUUUCUUUGUUGUUGCUGCGGAUGUGUUGUGGCUGCGGGAGCUGGUUGAGCCCUUUGUACAGACCCUUGCAUUCUUGCUGACUACGAAUAAGAGGGCCCCCAACGCGGCCCCAGGGGGGCCCCCACAUGGGGCCCCCCGAGAGACAGGCACGGAUGGGGGGCCCCCCGGGGGCCCCCUAGGCACACCGGGGGCCCCAGAGGAACUCAAAGAGGAGCUGCUGCGGCUCCCCUUUGCACUCUUAGCUCACCAAACUCGAUCCACAGCUGUAGACAAUCUCUUCUUUUCUCUCCUUAAAAAAUACAAACUCUCUGCACGCCUCCUGAACAACGGGGGCCCCCAGGGGGGCCCCCUUGGGGGCCCCACAGGGGGGCCCCAAGGGGGCGCUUCAGGGGGCCCCCCAGGGCCCCCGGGAGGAGGGGCCCCCGUGAGGGGGCCCCUCCACUCUAUUGGAGUUUAUAUCAUUCAAGAGGAGACCCUGUAG